UCAGAUAAAACUGGGACGAAAAACUCGGUUCGCCGGACUUUGGCAUCCGGAUUGCAGCCAGAGCCGGACACUGACCCGUCGAAAACUGCCACGGAUGUGCCGACGAUCUUCGUCAUCACGCCUACUUAUGCCAGACAUGUCCAGAAGGCUGAACUAACAAGAAUGGACAUUCGAACCCCUAGAGAUGACAGUAUUGAUUCAAAGACCAAAACCCCGCUCGUAACGAGAUUCUUGAAGAAUUGUGGGGUGUCAUACACGCACUUGAAUGCUCCAACUCCACCAGACAGAAGACCAGAAAAAUACAAGAGCCGACACAAGGUGUCUCGCGGGGUGAACCAGCGGAAUACUGGUUUGAGAUGGUUGCGACAACAUGCCAAUGAAACCAAACGAGGCGUCGUCUUUUUCGGUGAUGACGACAACACUUAUGAUCUCCAAUUGUUCGAGGAGAUGAGACACACCAAAACCGUGUCAGCCUGGCCAGUGGCAUUCGUUGGCGGAGUGCUGGUGGAACGCCCAUUGCUUGGGGAGGAUGGUAAAGUUGCAAAGUGGAGCAGUGUCCACAAACCAGAGCGACCAUAUCCAAUGGAUAUGGCAGCGUUUGCCAUAAAUUUGCAGCUCAUCCUGGAUCACCCAGACGCAGAAUUCUCAUACACUGUGCCUCCAGGCUACCAAGAAUCGACCAUUUUGCAAAAAGUGCAAGUGCCUUUACACGACCUUGAAAUUAAAGCAGAUCAGGGCACUAAGGUUCUCGUGUGGCACACGAGAUCAGCGCCGCUGGAAUUGGCAUCAGAGAAAAAGUUGAAAGUGCAUUCGAAUGUCAACAUCGAAGUAUGACGAAAAUUUCAAAUCUUCCUGCUGCCUCAGGGGAUAUCGCCCUUGCAAUUUCAUCAAAACUUGCCUUGUGAAGGAGGGAAACAAUCCAGCGACUUGUUAAUUCGUCCGUCAAAUUGUGAAUUGCGACGGAUAUAUGGUUGAGAAAAAUGGGGGCCGUCGGUUCACCCGUGACAAAUUGUGAAAGUAAAGUUUUUAUAAGACGCCAUAGGAGAGACAUUAUUUAUGAAAAAGUGGGAAUUUAUUUUUCAUUGUGAAGCGGCGGCCAAGCGUUUAUUUUCUUCUACUGCCCA